CGGGGUGCAGCAUUUAAGGCCUUCCCUGGCAGAAGAGACCACCAGGCCGAUCCACGCUCCUGGCUGAGAUCCGCUGGUUCCCGAAGCCUGUCUGGGAGCUCCUAGCAUUUCUUCUGCCCCUCAUUUCCAGCUCUUUGAGACCUGAGCUGUAGGCUCUUUCUGAGGUCCUGAAGAACGGAAGUGGAGACUCUUUGAUCUUUGAUUUUUGACAGUGACGAUCUGGAUGGCUUCCACGCGGAUCCGAGAGGCCAGGGAGAGAGAUUGUGCAGACAUUCUGAGGAUGAUACGGGUGAAGCCUGCGGGCUGGAAAACCGAGUGCCGUGGGGCUGGGAGCGGCGUGGUCGGAGCGGGGGAGGAACUGGCCGAGUACGAGCAACUGUCCCAUCAGGUGAAGAUCAGCGAAGAAGCCCUGAGAGCAGAUGGCUUUGGAGAGAACCCUUUCUUUCACUGUUUGGUGGCAGAGGUUGUUCCAGCGUCUGGGGAGCUCCAAGGGCCCCGUGUGGUGGGCUACGGGCUGUACUACUUCAGCUACAGCACAUGGAAGGGACGAAACAUUUAUCUGGAAGACAUCUAUGUGAUGCCGCAAUAUCGGGGUCAAGGGAUCGGUACCAAAAUAAUCAAAAAGGUGGCUGAGGUUGCCCUGCAGAAGGGGUGCUCCCAGGUCCGCCUGGCAGUUCUGGACUGGAACAAGAAGGCCAUGGACUUGUACAAGUCUCUGGGAGCUCAAGAUCUGACUGAGGCAGAAGGCUGGCGCUCCUUUCGAUUUGAAGAAGAGGCAAUGAAGGAGAUGGCAGGAUGUUGACGUCAGCCCCCGGGGACUUCUCUCUACUGCUGGCUCUUUGGGAUCACCGUAUCAGGUUCCCUAAGACUGUAUUCACAGACAGGGACCCAGACAGACACUACCCCAAAGGCCUCCUGAGGCGUAGAAAGAGUGGAAGCAAGGGACCAGUCUUGUUGAGAAUGACAAAUAAAAUACGUGGCUUCCCUGG